UUGCUUCACACUGAUAACUAUAUAGGUUAAAACCGUACGGUCGUUACUGAUUUUAUCAAGAUACCAGUUAGGUUAUCAUACGAUUUACACCACCUGAAAUGUUAGACACCCAAAACAAAAACAACAAUUAUAAUCAUGAUAUUUGAAAAUUACAGGACUUGUGAAGCUGUUAACUUACAGCUUAUAGAAGGGAAAACGCCAACAGUUUACCAAUGGAUUUCACUGCAUGAUUACACUAACGGAAUAUUUUUCUUUGGGGUUCACCGACCUCCAAAAGGACCUAUUAUAGUUCCCUGAGGGGUUAGGGAUUCAGGGAGAAACGAAGUCCAAGGCCGGGGUAAACGCAAGGUCACUGCGUCUAACAAAUAUGAAAAUGUCACCUUUUCAGAGGGCACGCCUUGUUGUUUAACAAAGACUGUCAAUGAACAAGAUUAAUAAGAAGCGAAAUGGACACUCACUGAGAGGUCAGACCAAAGUUAUCUCUGUGUGGCUAUUAAAGAAGGAAGCUAUAGCGGUUCUGAAGCAAGAUCGCACGUGGUUUACAGAGUAUAGUUAACACAAAUACGUGAAGCUCCAGGGUAAAAGUUUCAAAUCAAGGAUGACCAUUGCUUAACUUUACGGAGAUGGUAAGAAAAAUUAAACAUUACCUGAGCGUUGGGAACUACCUGUCGCAAGAGAACGGUGUCAAUACUUUAGUUCAUCUGAGCAAGCAAACUGACAACUCACCUUCAAGGUCAGGGAUGCUGUUUCGUUCACAAACUUAUGCAAGGUAGGCCUUCAUUUAUUUUCUUUUGUCCGUUUGAACAUUAGAAGUAAAUUUGAUAUUGAAAUAUGAACUAUACAAGAAAUAACCAGCAUUAUUGGUUUUAAGAUUUACAGAGAUCAGUGUAUAUUUAAAUAGAUAUGAAUUAUUUAUUUUUGUAUAUAUGCGAAAAAGGUUUGUUGAAUACUCUAACAUUUUAUUUAAGUGGUUGUGAUGUAAACUCAGUUUUAUUAAUGUUCAAAAUAUUAUUUAAAAAGUCUUCAAUCAACUGUAUAAGGUUACACCAACACAAUGGUAACAGUACACAUGUUAUUGGUAAUCCAGGCGUAUUCACAGUUAGCAAGUGGUAAUGUUAUAUUAAUGUGGAUAAUUUCGGAGAAGUCCAGUUUGCUGUGCUAAUUUAAACCCAAAAGCAAACCAAACAUUUUAAAUAUGUCAAAUAAAAUAAAUUUAAAUAUUUCCUAAAUAAAAAUUUAUAUUUUCUAUUUAGUUUUUACAGAAGACAAAGACUACUUUUUACAGUUGGUAGUAUUCAGUUCUUACCCUAAUUAACUACUUUUGCCUUAUUUAGCAUUUGAUAAUUACUAUUUUUGACGUAACGUAAGGAAGUCCGGUUAUUUUAGUCAUACAUUUUUUAAACUAUUUUAGAUGCCAUUACGUGAAGCAAAUUGUUAGGUUACAUGAGAAAAACACAUUUUUACAUUUAAUAAGGGUUUCAAAGGACACACAAAUACCAAUGUGUUCAACUUAAGUGCUUAUUUAAACAUUUCAAUUGUCAUUGUUUGUGACUUGCACCAUUGAGCAAAUUCGCAGUUUUAGUAGUUAAUUUAUCGGCGAAAUACCUAUGGUUGAUGCCAAAAAGGCCAGUAUAUCAAUUAUAUUUAAAUGUUGCUAAAAAAAGACAUGUAAAAUUAGUUGAUGUUUGGCCGUUGUCUAUUCGUGCUUUCCUUUAACAGGUGCACAGAUAUUCACUAGGCUAUACUGAUUCAGUUUCUUUUGGGAAGUAGUGGUGGGCCUUCAUGAAGGUUCUUUUGAGAAGCCUAUAGAAACUGGAACGUCCCUGUAGGGAACAAAAGUGCAGGUCGUGGUACAAAACAAAAGAGAUUUUUAGUACAUUCAUCAUCAGAAAGGGCAUUAUCACAGAAACAGUAUAAUUCCAUGAUAAAUCACGUUGCACCCAUUGUUUAUGACUGUAUAUAAUACACUGUAAUAUACAUAUUAUAAAUUCAGCUUACUUUUAAGUCUUCCAAAGUAGGAAUAUAGUAACUACAUCGAAUUAUUUCAGUUAUAUUUUGUUUAAAAAAACAGCUCCACAGACCGCCCGAGCAAAAUUUCGUUGUGCUGAUGCCUGACCUGCUAUUGGUGCUUGUUUACACGAUGCCCACAGGAGGCGCUGAUUGGUCGCAUUUCUCACGUGACCGACCAACUUUGUACAUUUGACAGGGGAGUAGGUGGGUUUUGGAGAGAUCAGAAAAACGACAGCACGAUAAAAAUUAGAAUUGUUGCACUUUACAAAUUAAUGAUCAUGAGUUCCUACUUGAUCAAUUCAAAUUACAUCGAACCGUCUUUUCCACCCUGCGAAGAAUACCAGCAAAACGGAUACAUGCCUAUGCCUUCUGAUUAUUAUGAGCGGCCGAAGGACUCGGGCUUCCCCCAUCACGAGGAGGCAUCAUUCCCGCGAUCAAACUACCAAGAACCGAGCUAUGAUUACGGUAAUGUGUCAACGAACGGCCUCAACGACUUCACAGACCGUCAUCACGCGCAACCUCAAUCCGUUCCGCAGAAUCAUGGACCCCACCUCGGUACAGAGAGCUGUGCUGUUUCAACUGAAAACAAGGAGUGUAGCCUUGUGUCUGAGACUCUCCCAGGCGCCCAGAAGGGUAAGGAGCCGGUGGUAUAUCCCUGGAUGAAAAAAGUCCACGUUAAUACCGUGACCGCCAGCUACUCUGGAGGAGUGCCCAAGAGGUCUCGCACCGCCUACACUCGCCAGCAGGCUCUUGAGCUUGAGAAAGAGUUUCACUUUAACCGAUAUCUGACUCGACGUCGACGAGUGGAGAUCGCGCACACUAUGUGUCUUUCUGAGCGUCAAGUGAAAAUCUGGUUUCAGAACCGCCGUAUGAAGUGGAAGAAGGACCACAAGCUUCCCAAUACAAAGAUCCGUUCCUCGAGUUCUGCGUCCUCCAGCCAUCACGUGAAAACGGACGCCAGUCAGCAGCAGCAGCAAACACUACUUCCUACGUCUUGCUCCUCGAACCUAUAGUACUUGAGGCACAUCUGCACAAACGGACCUGAACAAGAAAGAAGAAUACAUAUUAGAAUUAGGAUCGGAACUUCACAGGGUUACUUUUUCGAUGUCCGAUAAGGCAACGUCACUUCGCCUCCCCAACCUCUUCUUUCACACUUAUUUGAGCUGGGAAACACACAUGUCCUGUAUAGAUAGUUGUUUUUCGUAAUGGAACAAUUGUAGAGUGUAAUUUAACUUGAUUAAUGGAUCGUUGCGUUCUUUUUCUCUAACCAAGGCAUACGGCCAAUGCUGGUAACGCGUGUACAAAUUCCAUUGACAUUUUAAUAUGAAGGCACAAGUAUAGGAGCGAGCUAUGUGAGGUAGUGAUCAUAUUUGUUAUAGUUCAAUUUUUAGUGUAUUGUGUCUGUAUUUACGUCAUCAAAGCUGUGAAUAUUCGUGUAUUUGGUUAUUUGUAUAUUGGUAAAAGAUGUCAAGAUGUUUUAGUAAGCCUGUAUGCAAGUAACUGUAGGCAACCAGUGGAAAUAAUAAAUAUGAAUUUAUUGUGUACAAUCCCUUUAGACUAAUCCCUAGCUAGGACCAAGGUUGAACCAAGAUUUAUUUACAUUUGUACAUGUUCACAGAGGCGUGAUUACUUUAUUUAAACGUGUUCCCAAAAUUAAAAUUCACUAAAAAAACGUUUAAAGACAGACCCUUCGUUUAAGACUGUUUAGUUUCAAUUAACACAUUAAACGGGAAAUUGUUGGAAGAAAGCUUGCCACAAGACUCUGUAAAAUACAACGCAAAAUUCCACACCAAUAUUUGCUUAUCGUGACUUUGUGCUUUUACGAACCAAAGUAGUUUGCCACCAAACCUGUGCAUUUAAAUUUUACGUUUUUAUUUAAUCCAAAAAUGUAUCAAGUUGAAGCCAUAAUUAAACAGAAUUUAUUACUAUUUAUUACUGCUCGUUUUUGCCAAGUUUUUUAAUUUUAAGGAUAUGAUGUUAGAAAAUGUAUCAUUCGACUUCCACUGAUAUUAGCUAACAUUAUAUAGCUUAAUUUUUAUUUAAAAAUAUCUUGAAUAAUAAUAUAUUUAUACUAUAACAAAGUCACACAAAUUUACUCAUUGAUUUAUAAGCAAUAAACAUUCAAGAAAUGAUAUUACUGAACAUUUAAAUAAUUUCUAAACUAACGGAGCUGUUCUACGCCACUAGCUUUUGGACUUAUUGAAGGCGUAUUUAUUUGUUUUUAAUUCAAGGUACUCUUCGUUAAAUUAAAGUAUUUUUAAAUCCAUCUAAACUUUAAUUCACAUAAAUAUUUAAUAAAAUAACAAAUAACAAGUAUAUCUCCCAUAGAAGUCAGUAAGAAAAUAAACAGGAGGCGACAGUAGACACUGGUGUAAAACUACUGUGGGUUCACGCAGAGGACACACAUGAGCUAUCCAAUCAUCAAACUGAAGCACUGUGUACGACCUCUUCACCUCUGACCUCGCCAUAUUCAGGACCAUGGUCUUUCUUCACUAACGCAAAGGGCAGCGGUGGAACUUGAAUAUGACACAUAUUCCAAAAUAUAAUGGAAAAUCGAAACGCAUUUUUUUGUAUUUGUCUAGCGUUUGUGCUACCAUUUAACAUGAAAAAUAAGAUAUUAAGUAUUUUCAUGUGUAAAACGUAUAAAAUUAAGUCGUGAUUAUUUUUAAAUAUAGGGCAAGCUUUAAAUGUUUAUCUAAAUUGUUCAUUGCACAAGACAAAAUACAAGUAAACAAAUGUAAACGGGUCACAAAGAAGAAAACGUUAGAUAUAAAUGGUCGAUUUUGAGCUGUAAAACGAGGUCAAAAUUUUUCACAAGUAAUACAUACUACGUCCUAUGCAUUUAUCACACAGCCUACCAUAACGAAAUAAUUAUUUUAAACAGAAAAUACCUGUAUGUCUUGAAACUUUCCGUUUACUACCCGAAUAAAGCAAGAAGGUAUAUUUGAGAUCAGUGAAAUAAGUAAAUAGUCAUAUUUCAUCAGCAAAAGUCACAAAGAUCUUCACAAUCUGUCAUGAUUGAUUCAGAUCUGGGCAGAUAGGAAAUGUACACUUCUAUCACGACACCCCCAACCUCACUCUUCAAUCCACUGUGCUUAAAUUUUAAUUGACUAGCUCACAUGACCUUAUUAAAUAAUAGAUACCUCUCUUGGUCAGAAAUAGACACAGGAGGUUGGUAGGAUUUUUCAUUUUACCAUUGACCAUCGACUUAGCGAGACAUCUUAAAACCUCCCUGCUCCAGCUCUUCUUCCGGUCAACCUUCAAAUUGCGCCAUACAGUAAGUAAUCUGAGUCAUUUCAAAUAUUGAAUAUUAGGUUAUCUAUGUAAGUGUUAUGCAGCAGUUAUCUAAAAAAAUGUUAUAGGCUAUACAAACGUCCAUAUUAGAUGGUGUGGACUAAGAUUUCUCGUUUAGGUUAUCAACGUUCUCUUAUAGAUCAAUUUAUUUUAUUUUUAAGUGUAGAAAGUCACUUUAUUUACAAAGGUUAUGUGAGUGACUUGAAAUGUAAUAUUAGGCAAUUUGCUGUGCGUUUAAUAGUUUAUUGAACUGAAGAGACGUAAUAGGCUACUACAUUUUCUUAACAUGAAGUUUGAAAAGUGCAUUCGUACAUCUGUAAGUCAUCAUCCGGAUCUUAAAUGAAACGCUUUUAAACUUCAAAGUCAACAUAAUAAUAACAACAAUUAAAACACUUGAAAUGUGUACGAAACAUAAUUCUCUACUACAAUUAAAACACAACUCGUUGGGAACCGUAAUUAAACAUUUCCCGAUUUUAUUUUAUUCACAAAUAAGUCUUAAUCACAACUUUAAAGCAGGCAAAAUUUUACACUUUCUACUGGCUCCGUUGAAAAAAAAAAAACUAUAUAACUAUAUAAUUAUUAGUUUUGAUGAUAGCAAUAAAUCCAAGGAGAUUAGUCAUUUUCGGAUGUUUGUGGAAAAAUCUUUGCUUUGCAUUAAGAGCUCCACAUGUCAACAUGAUUUGUUCUGUCCCCUGGCGAGGGUACUUCGUUUAGUGAAUACAGCAGGUUGUCUGCUAGCGUCUUUUACAAGCAGACUUUGACCAAACAAUAAGGAACAAUAAGGAAAUAAGAGUCCGAUGUCGACACAUGUACACUAUUGUGAGAUUACUCUUUAAUGAUUAGAAUUAAACAAAGAAAAUA